UGAGUCCUGGGGCCCUUCAUUUAAUUGGAGAGCAAAGCAGUGGGGAAACUUCACUCUCACUUCUCAGUGGGGACCGGAGGAGUUACCGUGUGCAGACACCGGGCACUCUCUGCUCCCCUGAGCUGACGCAGGGGCUCCAGCACCAUGAGCGUUGCUCGCCGACACCUUGGAUUCCUGCUCCUGGCUGAAGCGAUGCUGUGUGCUGCUGCCACACGGUUUCAAGAUGUGCUGAGCCAGGGAAGUACUUCUCCUGUCACAUCCUACAGGAAGCUACAAGGCUGGUCUAGUGAUCAAAAUAAAUGGAAUGAAAAGCUUUAUCCUUUCUGGAAAGAAGGAGAUCCCAGAUGGAAGGACUGCUGGAAAGGUGGAAGGGUGACAGUCAAAUUGGACACUGACAGCCCAGCACUGGUAGGAUCCAACGUGACUUUUGUUGUGACUCUCCAGUUUCCCAAGUGCCAGAAAGAAGAUAAUGAUGGCAACAUAGUAUAUGAGAGAAACUGUACCCAGGAUUUUCCAGUUUCCCAGGAUCAGCAAGUCUAUGUCUACAACUGGACUGAAUGGAUUGACAACUGUGGCUGGGAAAACUGCACAAGCAACCACAGCCAUAAUGUAUUCCCAGAUGGGAGACCUUUCCCUCAUUAUCCUGGCUGGAGGAGAAGGAACUUUGUCUACGUGUUUCACACGUUUGGUCAGUACUAUGAGAGAACUGGACGAUCUUCAGCAAUGUUUUCAGUCAACACAGCAAAUAUCACUCUUGGCAAACACGUGAUGGCAGUAUCCAUUUACAGGAGAGGGCACUCAUCAUACGUUCCAAUUGCAAGAGCAAGUGCCAUUUAUGUUGUGACAGACAAAAUUCCACUAUCUGUGAGUAUGUUCCAAAAACAUGACCGCAACAUCUCAGACUCCAUUUUUAUCAAAGACUCGCCAAUCACAUUUGAUGUGAAGAUCCAUGAUCCCAGCUACUAUCUGAAUAAUUCUGCCAUCUCCUACAAGUGGAACUUUGGAGAUGGAAGUGGUUUAUUUGUAGCCAGCAGUCCCGUGGUGUCUCAUACCUAUACUCUGCAAGGAAACUUCACUCCAAAUUUAACUGUCCAGGCCAUUAUACCUGUACCUUGUAAGCCAGUGACACCCACUGCACCACUGCCCACCUCAGCAGUAAUUGCUGGAGCAGCUUCUAAUGCAGACUAUUCUACCACUAUCGAGUCAAUGGAAGACAAUCCAGAUGAAGGUUGCCAUAUUUACAGAAAUGGAUACUACAGAAGUGGUAUCUCUGUCGUAGAGGGAAUCCUUGAGGUAAAUAUUAUACAGAUGAUGAGCAUCCAGAUGACAGAAACUCAAGCUGAAAACUCACUGGUUGACUUUGUUGUUACCUGCCAAGGGAGUCUCCCCACAGAUGUCUGCACAGUAGUUUCUGACCCCACGUGUCAGGUGUCCAAGUCUGUGGUAUGCAACCCCGUCACCAUCACUGAUGAAUGCUUACUCACCAUCAGGAGAACUUUUGAGGAACCUGGAACAUACUGUAUAAAUAUCACCUUGGGGGAUGACACAAGUCAAGCCCUUACCAGCGCGCUGAUUUCUGUAAAUGGAGGAUCAUCGUCAGGAAAAACAGAAGGUGUCUUCAUCUUUCUCGGUGUGCUGGCAGUAUUGGCCACCAUUGGGGCUUUUGUCCUUUACAAGAGGUACAAGCAAUACAAGCCUAUUGAGAGAAGCACAGGACAAGCAGACAACCAUGAGGGACUAACUGCUUACUUCAGCAAUUUCAAAGCAAUUUUCUUCCCUAGUAGCACUGAGAAAAAUCCUCUGCUGAAAAGCAAACCAGGCAUUGUUUAAACCUUUAGUCUAACACUGGUUAGGUUACAUAUAUAACUCAUACCUGAACUGUACUUUGAUGUUUUUUUUUCUUAUUGUUAUUAUAAAAACAGGGGUAAGGUGAAAGCACAUAUAGAUGGAAUGUUAACUUCUGGGGGCUUGGUGCAGUUAGAAACACUAAAAUAGUCCUUUGCAGAAAAUAAGGAUAUAGUUUUGAGUACUUGCUGUUCUUGCUUGUGAUCUAGGAUAGAGUGUUCUGAUUCACGCCAUACCCUUUAUCUGGGUUUUCUUACUUCUAGGU